AUGCCUCACUUGAAGAAACCGCGAACAACCGAGCCCCUGGUGAAAUUAUGGGACAGAAAAGCUCAAAAAUGCGGACUGCGGCACACUGUCUAUUUUGCCAACGGGGACAAAUACACCGGGGAAUGGCUGGACAAUAAGAGGCAUGGGAAAGGAACACAAGUAUGGAAGAAAGCCGGAGCCAUUUAUGAUGGUGGCUGGAAAAACGGAAUGCGUGAUGGCUUCGGGACACUAAGCAAGCUUCAGGCUUCAACCAACCAGUAUACGCGAGUAUACUUAGGUAGUUGGAAAAAUGACAAGAAAGACGGCUUUGGAACGUACUUCUACAGUGAGUCGGCCUUCUACGAAGGAGAAUGGCUCGAGGACAAACGGAGCGGCUGGGGCAGAAUGUACUUCGAGAAUGGAGAUAUUUAUGAGGGAGAGUGGUUAAAGGACAAACACCAUGGCCGGGGGAUGCUCCGUCUCGCCAAUGAGAACAGGUACGAGGGAUCCUGGAAGGAUGGAAAGAAGAACGGACACGGAAAGUUUUUCUACCUGGAUAAGGGUCAGCUCUAUGAAGGUUUAUGGGUUGACGGCGUCGCCAAAUGUGGAACAGUAUCUGACUUCGGGAGAGAAGAGGCUCCAACGCCGACGACGUAUCCGAUUCCACAGGUCCACCUGCUUGAUAUGAGGUCAGUAUUGACAGAAGCCGAGUCUCAAGCGCUGAGUAACUAG